CUGGCGCGCAAGCCCCGACAGCUGCGAGCAACAGCGAGCUACAGAGUAACACCGCAUCGAUAUUCGAUGUCCAAGGUAAGUUCUGCUUGAGGUCUCUCGGGAAGCGAGACGACGGCUGCCAUGAGAAUAAGAUAGACCGCAUCGCCUGCUGCAAGGUCAGGGGCAGAGAGAGAUAGGCUCGAUAGCGACUCUACCAACUGCCUGCCCAUCGCCUCUUUGUGAUUUCUCUCGUUCCAACCCGCAUCAGAGAGGAAGCUUGAUUUGCUACUUUGUGAGAAACAAGGAAACCCAAUCAUGCAGCUAGACUGCCCGCUGUCUAUCCGUAUACUUACCCAUAACAUUCGCUAUGCAACUUCGCGUCCAUUCAAGGGCGAGAAGCCCUGGCCAGAACGAAAGCAUCUAGUCCUGAAUGAGCUUAUCUUCCAUACAAGGCACAACGCGGAGAGUUUCAUCUGCCUGCAGGAAGUGCUCCGCGUCCAGCUCGAGGACGUCCUGUCCGGCCUGAAUUCCCAUGGGGACACAUGGGCGUACAUUGGAGUAGGCAGGGACGACGGAAAGCAAGCCGGUGAAUAUUCCCCGAUAUUCUAUCGCCCUGAUGUUUGGAAGCUGGAGACCUGGGAGACGGUCUGGCUCUCCGAGACCCCUGAGGUGCCCUCGAAAGGCUGGGAUGCAGCCUCGAUCCGCAUCGUAACCGUCGGAGUGUUCAGACAUCGGGCUAGUCGAAAGACGGUGCUUGCAAUGUCUACGCAUCUCGAUGACCAAGGGUCCAAGUCAAGAUAUGAAUCUGCUAAGCUCAUUCUGCGGACAAUUGACGGGUACCUUCACAAAUUCAAAGACCGCAUCUCGGGCCUUUUCCUCGCGGGAGACUUCAACAGCGAGGUCAACCAAGAAGCAUACCAGGUCUUUAUCGAUCCAACUUCUCCUCUAGUCGACGCCCGAGACCAGAUCAAGCCUGACGAGCGCUAUGGUAAUGAAAUCACCUACACGGGGUUUGGAUACGAGGGAGAACGGGAAACCCGCAUUGAUUACAUCCUUGUCGGACCCAAAACGGAGCAAGGUUUCCCGUGGACGGUGAAGCAAUAUGGUGUGUUGCCUAACAAAUUCGACGAUGGUGUAUUCAGCUCCGACCAUCGUGCAGUCGUUGCAGAUGGCCUUGUGGAUUGUUAAACGUCGUGAUUCACUCCAAGCCGCUUCUUUUCCCCUUUCAAGGUCAAUGUCAAUAUGUACCACGUGACUGAAGUGGAGUUUUCCAUUUC